UCUUUACUGGUGAGCGCCCCCCGCCAUGGCGCUGCUCCCCGCCGUCCGCCUGGCCUGCCUCCUGCUCCUGGUCGACCUGGUGGUGCUGGCGGCACUGGCCCGGCUGGCCCCGGCGCUGGCCCAGUUGGGCCUGGCAGCCACCUGGCUGGAAGCCGGACUGCGGCUGCCGGCGUUUACCGCGGCCGAGCGGCUGCUGGCGCCGGGGGGUCCCCGGGGAGCCGCCGUCGUGCUCAGCCUCACCCCCGCCACCUUCCUCACCCUCCGGAGCCUCCUGGUGCCGUACAGUGCCGCGCCGGUACUGCUGGCCACGGCCGCGCCGGCAUGGUUGGCCUUGACCCACGGUGCGGCCGCUGCGGCGCUGCUGGCUUGGGCCACGCCGGCGCCCGGUGAGGCCGUGGGCACCGAGUCGCCGGUGGCCGUGCGGCAGCUGCUGGCGCUGGCGUGGGCCGAGUGGCCCGUCCUCACCGGCGCCUUCUUCUUCCUGGUGUUGGCCGUUCUGGGUGAGACCGCGGGGCCGUAUUGCACCGGCAAAGCCCUGGACGCCAUCCGAAGCGGCAACGGACUCACCGCCUUCACCGUCGGCCUGGUCGUCGCCGCCGAUUUGGGCAGAUCGCUGUUUGCCGGCUGCCGCGGGGGUCUCUUCGUCCUGGCAAAAGCCCGGCUCGAACGGAGCACCUGCCACCGGCUCUUCUCCUGCCUGGUGCGCCAGGAUCUGGCCUUCUUCCAGGGGACACCGGCAGCCGAAUUGUCCGCCCGGUUGGCCAACGACGUGCCCUUGCUGUGCGGGGCGGUGCCGAGCAGCGUCAACGUGGCGUUGCGGAGCUUGGUGACGGCGUUGGGGUUGGGUGGCUUCAUGGUGGGGCUCUCGCCCCGGCUGGCGCUGCUGGCGCUGCUGGAGGUUCCCCUCACCAUCACCGCGCGCAAGGUCUACGACGCCCGGUACCAGGUGCUGCAGCGAGCCAUGCUGGAUGCCAAGGCCAACACCACCGCGGUGGUGCAGGAGGCCGUCUCCUCCAUUGAGACAGUGCAGACCUUCGCCGGGGAGGAGGAGGAGGAGCGCUGCCACAGCCAAGCACUGGCCAAGAUGCUGGGGCUGAAGGACCAGAUAGAUGUGGAAUGGGCAUUCUUCACCCUUGUCCAGCGGGCGCUGCAGCUGGCCAUGCAGGUGCUGGUGCUCUGCCAUGGGCACCAGCAGCUCCGUGAGGGGACCAUCACCACUGGCAGCCUCGUUACCUUCCUUCUCUACCAGGCUAAAGUCGGCCGCCACGUGCAGGCGCUGGUGUUCGGCCACGGUGACUUGCUGAGCAAAGCAGCGGCCGGACACAAGACCUUGGAGUACCUGGACCGGGAACCCACCGGGGACACCGGGGGCACCCGGGCACCCACCAGGCUGCGGGGCCACGUCACCUUCCAAUGCGUCUCCUUUGCCUACCCUGCGCGCCCUGAGCACCUCGUUCUGCAGGAUGUCUCCUUCGAGCUGCGCCCUGGUGAGGUGACGGCGUUGGCGGGGCUCAACGGCAGCGGGAAGAGCACCUGCGCGGGGCUGCUGGAGCGAUUCUACGAGCCCGGGGCCGGGGAGGUGCUGCUGGAUGGGGUGCCGCUGCGGGACUACGAGCACCGGUACCUGCACCGCCAGGUGGUGUUGGUGGGGCAGGAGCCCGUGCUUUUCUCCGGCACCAUCCGAGACAACAUCACCUUCGGGCUGGAGGACUGCGGGGAGGAGGCGGUGAGGGCGGCCGCUGCCGCCGCCGGCGCCCUGGGCUUCAUCUCGGCGCUGGACCGGGGCUUCGACACCGACGUGGGGGAGAAAGGGGGGCAGCUGUCGGCAGGGGAGAAGCAGCGCAUUGCCAUUGCUCGGGCCCUGGUGCGGCAACCCACCGUCCUCAUCCUCGAUGAAGCCACCAGCGCCCUGGGCAGGGAGGGUGAGGUUACGCUGCAGCAGUGGAUGCGGAGCGGGGGAGCCCGGACGGUGCUGCUCAUCACCCACUGCCCGCGGAUGCUGGAGGCGGCCGAUCGCAUCGUGGUGCUGGAGCAUGGCACCGUUGUAGAGACGGGGACGCCUGCCGAGCUGCGGAGCCGCUGUGGGCCCUACAGUCGCCUGCUGCAGUGCUCCCCCGGCGCAGGGCGGCCAGAGACCCUGGGGAUGGGCUGUGGGGAGCAGCAGACGGCUCCUGCCCGAGCAGCUGGGCAGGAGAUUUGCUGGUCGGGGAUAGGGACCAGGUCGUUUCUGCCCGCUCUCAGGGGAAGAGUCCACUGUGUGGACUUCCACUAUGUCUCCUUGACUACAAGAGCAACUAUUAUAGUUCAGACUCGAGUCCCUGGUCUAGUCACAGUGACCGUCUGCGUGGCCUCAGACCAGGAGACCUUAUUCUCAGUGACUGUUUGCGUGGCCUCAGACCAGAAGAUCUUCUUCUCAGUGCCUGUUUAUGUAGCCUCAUACCAGAAGACCAUCUUCUCAGCACCCGUCUGCGUGGCCUCAGACCAGGAGACCUUCUUCUCAGUGCCUGUUUGCAUGGCCUCAGAGCAAGAGACCUUCUUCUCAGUGCUCACCUACAACAACUCAGACCAGGAGACCUUCCCCUCAGCACCCGUCCACGUGGCCUCAGACCAGGAGACCUUCUCAGUGCCCAUCUGCAUGGCCUCAGACCAGGAGACCUUCUUCUCAGCGACCGUUUGCAUGGCCUCAUACCAGGAGAUCUUCUUCUCACUGCCCACCUGCAUGGCCUCAGACCACGAGACCUUCUUCUCAGUGCCUGUUUAUGUAGCCUCAUACCAGAAGAUCGUCUUCUCAGCACCCGUCUGCGUGGCCUCAUUGCUCAUCACCUCCACUACAGGGACAUGGAUACCCAGCUAG